GUGAGAUUACAUGUUUCAAUCUGUCACCUUAAUGCUAAUAAGAUAAUGAACAUGGUACUCAAAGAUUGGCGCGAUUUUUGACUGUUAGCAUUUAACAGUUAUGUACAAAGUCGGCGUUCCCUUUAAAACCCCUCGUCGAGGUUAUGCCCUAUGGGCUUUCACUUUUGCUGGACACAGCCGAACCCCCAGACUAGUUUACAAGACGUUGUCUUUACUUGGGUUACCAAUUGGAAUAUUGACUACUUAUUUCGCAUUUCAAAAUGAGCAUCGACAUGAAGAAGAAAUGAAAGGAAAAGAGCCAUUCGUUCGUAUUUAUCCCAGGGAGAUAAAGAAGCUACAUUGGGGUGACGGUCAAACUGCCUUUACGGAUUGCAUGUCGGAAAAAUUCAACUACACCCAACACCAUAAGGUUAAAUUUCCUACGCCGGCAGACUAGCUUCUUGACUUCUGAAUUUUUCAAUUAUAUUACUUGUACGUAGGUCAUAGUAAUUGUCAAGUUUGUUAUGAGUUUGCCAACGACGGAUGCAGAAUUGUUUUGUUUUUAAUUUGUUGCUUUAAUUACUGUUGACAAGCAGUACAGGCUGCUUGCAUCAAAAUAAUAGAAAUGAAAUCGUAGCUCACAAAAAGCUAAUUCCUAAAUUCUUAGAAAGUCCGAAAGACUUCAUCUUUUUUUUGGAUGCCUUGUUUUCAUAUGUGUUAGGGUACUGUUAGGUCUCAAAAUAAUGAGAACAUUCUUAUAGUUACUAGUAGCGAGUGACACUUCUGUGAACUGGUCAUCCAAUGCUGAAAUUACUUUUGUAAUAGGGGUCACUACAAGCAUUAAGCCACCAAAUAAAUUUGUGUUUUUUGGUAUGUGUGCAACGUCUCGCAUCCAUACGAAUUAAUUAAUGGUUGCUCUUUAGGCGUGUAGAAAAAAUCUCAUCGGUCAUAGCCUGAUAAACAAAGUAGGGUAGUAGGGGGCGUUCACCGUUUCACUUACAUCGGAUGGGUUACCAUCCUUCGAAGUUUAGUGUUUGGCGCAAACUUGGCUCUAGCUCGAAAAUGCUCGCAUUGUGUUUUAACAACUUACGUUUCUUGUGGCUUAAGUGUGAUACUGAUCUUUAUCCAGCUUUGUAUUACUUUGUGGUCUAAGGACAUGGAAGUACAUUUGCAUAAAUUGCGGGUUUCGGAUCGUAGUUAUCCUCCAAAGACUGGUCUCGUCUCGCGGGACAACUAGGUAAAUUACUGUGAUUUCAGCCAUGAUUAUCGAGAUAAGUUGACAGGUUUAUGAAUUGUAUGCUGUACUUAUGCAAAAGACGUCUACCUGCACGCGCAAUGUUGGCGGAAGUAAGGACAGCCAAAUAAAAACAUUACCGGGUUUUAGUCUGAGGAGUGAUCGUCAGUCAUUUACAACUUAGAAUUUCGCACGUACGCACAUAAGUUCAGGUUAUGAUACCACAUUGACACAGACGCAACUGUCGGUUCAAAACCCAUAGUGGUAGAGAUAGUAGAAGUAUUAGCGGUAAUGGAGGAGAUUAUGGUUCGAAGAAAUUAUUCAAGAAAUAAAUUUCAAAAGAGUAAAAUCUGAGUAAUAAACCCAGAAAAUAAGCAUUCGGGAUGACUCAUAGAAUGGAUGCGCCGGCGCCAUUGCUAACGAUUUUGAGACAUGCCGUUCAAGGUCUCCAACCGUCGGUUAGUAUCAUACCGCGCACACUAAAUAGAUAGCUUGCACUUAUCAGUAUGAUCCAUUCCUUUUCUUGUAUUUGUGUCAUGUCUUAGUCUGGCCGCCCCUGGGUUUCUCCCAACCUUCCCCCUACACCACAAAACAUCGCUUGGCGAAACAGUGGGUGGUUGAGCAUACGUUACACAUGUACCAAUCACCUCAAAUGAUGAAGUGUUAAUACUUCAUCUUUUGAACUGACAUCCUUACCUAGCACCCAUUUCCUAACAACAGUAUUGCUUACUCAGUUGUCCCAGGAUAU